AUGGUUCGCUUUACUCGCGGCGUCCUGCUUUUCACGGCUUUGGCAGCAGCUGCGCCAGCGGAAACUCCCUCGCAUAUUGAACCACUUCAACAAGUCCUCGCAAAGCAGUCGAAAUCACAGCCUUCUCCAAGACCUCUCCAGGGGAGGUUUCUACAUAUCACAGACAUCCAUCCCGACCCCUUCUACCUAGCCGGUUCCGACCCUGACGAGGCUUGCCACCGGGGCAAAGGACAGGCCGGAUACUAUGGUGCAGAAGUCACAAGUUGCGACACACCGUUCUCACUGGUCAACGCCACAUUCCGGUGGAUCAAAGAGCAUCUGAAGGAUCAGGUUGAUUUUGUCGUGUGGACAGGAGACUCUGCCCGACAUGAUAAUGACGACCAUUUUCCUCGAACCGAUAAAUCCGUCAUUCAUCUCAAUGAGUUUAUUGUGGACAAGUUCGUGGAGGUGUUUGGCAAGACCGACAACGUCGAUGACCCCGAUCCCACCAACGAUUUCGUCGUCCCAAUCGUGCCUACUUUCGGAAACAACGAUAUCCUACCUCACAACAUCUUUUCCCCUGGGCCGAAUAAGUGGACUCGGUCGUAUAGUGAGAUUUGGGAGAGAUUUGUCCCUCAGGCUCAACGCCACUCGUUUGCAAGAGGAGGAUGGUUUUUCACAGAAGUCAUACCAGACAAAUUGGCAGUCUUCAGCCUCAACACCUUGUACUUUUUCGAUUCGAACUCGGCAGUCGACGGGUGUGACUCGAAAAACGACCCGGGAUACGAGCAUAUGGAAUGGCUGCGAGUCCAGUUGCACUUCCUGCGGGAACGAGGAAUGAAAGCUAUCCUGAUAGGCCAUGUCCCACCUGCGAGAACAGAAAGCAAACAAAACUGGGACGAAAGUUGUUACCAGAAAUACACGUUGUGGAUGCGCCAGUAUCGAGACGUGAUUAUCUCGUCCCUGUUUGGCCAUAUGAACAUAGACCAUUUUAUGUUCCAAGAUGUGAAGGACUUGAUUUACAAGUUCGCCAUUGAUGGCGUCGAUGAUGAAGUUGGCCGAUCGAAAGGAUUCCUGCCGGAACCGGAAUCACACAAUGACACUUUUACUAUCGCUGCGAAGACACAAUAUUUGAAUGAAUUGCGGUCUAAAUGGUCGAAUCUACCGCGGCCUCCUCCAGGGCAUUCUUAUUUGACGCCGGAAGAUCACGAGGUACUGUCGGACCUCGUUGAGAUCGAAAAGAAGAAGAAGAAAAAGAGGAAGCGAGUUGAAGAAUUCCUGAAAGAAAUUGGCGGUCCAUGGGGGGAGAGGUUUAGUGUGAGUCUGGAUUCACCUAGUGUUGUUCCCAACUUCUACCCGACACUUCGGAUUGUGGAAUACAACGUUACGGGAAUGGAUGAUCAUCAUCCGGCCCCGAGAGCAAUAGGAACUCCUGCGAAAGAGUCCGAUUUAGGACACACCGGCGAUCUCGAAGACGCUCUCUUAAAUGCGAGCGAGGCCUACCUGGAUUUCAUUAACGAAGCAGAAGAUGGGGUACAUGAACUGAAAAAGAAAAAGAAAAGGAAGGGCAAGAAGAAGAAGCACGGAAAGAAGAAACCAAAAUUCCCCAUCCCUCAGCCUCCAUCUAAAACUGCACCACCGGGACCAGGCUAUUCCCCGCAGUCGCUAUCUCUGAUCUCCUUCACUCAGUACUUUGCCAAUUUGACCGCGAUCCAUGGGAAAAUACAACAGGAUCAGACUCUCAAAGAGCCCUACAAACAUUUCAGCUAUCAGAAGCUCUACACCACCAAUAAUGACAGCAAGUACGGGAUGCCGGACUUGACUGUGCGGUCAUGGCUGGAUCUCGCGGAGAGGAUCGGAAGAAACCAGCUGCCUCGGUCGGAUGGACAAGACUCUGGACCAGAGUUAAGUGAGCAGCCAGAAAUCGGGGGCAUUGGGGAAGAAGAGAAGAAAAAGACGAAGACGGCAAAGAAUCACCUUUGGAAGGUAUUUGUCAAGAGAGCGUUUGUAUAUACGAAACCGGACGGCGAGAUUGACCAGGAUUUUGGGUGA